CCUCAAGUGUGUGGAGCUGAGAGAUGCAGCCCAGGGGAGGGAACCAUGGAUAGUUAAGCAGGCCAUCUGUUCUGGACUUUGCUCCCAGAUCCCAUGUCAACACCAAGCCCUCAGCAGCUGGUGGCAGCUGCUCAGCAGACCCUGGGCAUGGGAAAGAGACGGGGCCCACCCCAAACCAUCUGCCUUCACCUAGCUGGAGAGGUGUUGGCUGUGGCUCAGGGACUGAAACCAUCUCUGCUCUAUGAUUGUAACAGUGCAGGGGCUUCAAAGAUCCAGAGCUAUCUGGAGGAGCUGCAGAGGCUGGGCUUUUUGACCUUGGGACUUCACAUCCUUGAGAUUGGAGAAGACAACCUGAUUAUCAGUCCUGAGCAUGUAUGUCAGCACUUGGAGGAGGUCCUUCUUGGUACCAUACCCUUUGUGGAUGUUUCUAGCUCUCAACCUCACCCUUCUAUCUGCUCCCUGGACCACCUUCAGGACUUGAAGGGCCUCGUGACUGAGAUCAUUGUGCAUUUGCGGGGGCUGCAGAGGAACCUCUCCCUGGCAGUGUCCUGCAGCAGGCUCCAUUCCACAGGCUGGAAUUUCUGUACUGUGUUUGGGAUCCUCCUGGGCUAUCCUGUCCCCUAUACCUUUCACCUGAACCAGGGACAUGGCAACUGUUUAGCCUUUACUCCACUACGGGUGUUCACUGCCCGGGUCUCAUGGCUGCUGGGUCAACCCCCAGUCCUGCUCUAUUCCUUUAGUGUCCCAGAGAGCUUAUAUCCAUCCCUGAAGGGUAUUCUUAACACCUGGGAGGAAGACCUCAGAACCCGAUGUAGGGCUCAGAGUGACUUUGCUGACCUCAGGAUCUCCUCUGAGAUCGUCACGCUACCGGCUGUGGCCCUCUGACUUCUUAACUCUCCUUCCAUGAUAGAAGAUGCUCAGUGAAUGAGGAUGCCUCAGGCUGUGAUCAUCUCAAAUGCCAA